AUGGUGUUGCCACCUCCGGACAAACGCCACGUGUGCCUGACCACCAUCGUCAUCAUGACCAGCAUGGCCUUCAUGGACGCCUAUCUGGUGGAGCAGAACCAGGGGCCUAGGAAGAUCGGUGUGUGCAUCAUCGUGCUGGUCGGGGACAUCUGCUUCCUCAUCGUGCUGCGCUACGUGGCCGUGUGGGUGGGCGCCGAGGUGCGCACGGCCCGCCGCGGCUACGCCAUGAUCCUCUGGUUCCUCUACAUCUUUGUGCUGGAGAUCAAGCUAUACUUUGUCUUCCAGAACUGCAAGGCGGAUAGGAAGUCUCUGGAGACUGUGGCCCGGAAAGCCUUGACUCUGUUACUGUCCGUGUGCGUCCCAGGGCUUUACUUGGUUCUAGUGGCUCUGGACAACAUGGAGUACGUGAGGACCUUCAGGAAGAAGGAGGACAUGCGGGGGAGGCUCUUCUGGGUGGCUCUAGAUCUUCUGGAUCUUCUGGACAUCCAGGCCAACCUGUGGGAGCCUCAGCGGACAGGCCUGCCCAUCUGGGCCGAGGGACUGAUGUUUUUCUACUGCUACAUCCUUCUCCUCAUCCUGCCCUGCGUCUCGCUCAGUGAGAUCUCCAUGCAAGGGGAGCACGUGUCGCCCCAGAAGAUGAUGCUCUAUCCCAUCCUCAGCCUAGUCACCAUCAACGUGGUCACCAUCCUGAUCCGUGGGGUCAACAUGGUCCUGUUCCAGGACAGUAGAGUCUCGACCAUCUUCGUGGGCAAGAACGUGGUGGCGAUCGCUACGAAGGCGUCCACGUUCCUGGAGUACCGCCGUCAAGUGAAGGAGUUCCCUCAACCGCAGAACACCAUGGCGUUGGAGCUGCAGCAGAACUCGGUGUGCCAUGGACAUGCGCCCCACACCUCGCACUCGCAGACCCUGCCCAACUCCACCAACCUGCCCCACGAACCCUCGCCAGCUCGCGACAUAGACACAUGA